UCUCCGCAAAAUGAUUAAUUAUAGUUGAAAUUUCAAUUUCACUUUUUUUCCUCCUACUGACGAUAAUUACAAUUUGGUAGUCCCUCUGAGGUUACGCGCGUCCGCUCGAGAAUACAGGUAAAACUGUGGACGGCGGAUCAAUUCCUAUCCUAUCUUAUCCUAUCCUACUGUUCGUCGACUGUUCAUCUAAUUCUAAUUUUGUUCUCACAAAAUACCUUUGGUUUUCGUUAUUUUGUUUGAACAAAUUUGUGGUUCUUUAUUGUGUAGACGAUUGACAUUGAUUCGCAUAUUGCACCAUGAGUAGAAAUAUUCUUAAGAGUUUUGGCGUCAAAAUGGAGCUGGUGUUCUACUAAUUCUUUCAGUCUCAGUGUGUCCCUUCUUUAUAGCUGUGCCAACUCCUAUCCUAUCCUGUUUAAACGAAUUCAAAAAUCAACAUGGCUCCGCCUAGAGUCCUAGGAACCUCCUUAGGAGGUGAGGGUGGCUCCUCCACGAUGCAUGCUCUGCGGUCAGAAUUUGAGGACGUCUGCGAAAAGUCUGAGGAGCUACGAGCUGUCACCGUUGCAUUACUGAGAGAGAAGGAAAAAACGGAUUUGCUACUGCGUUUGGCUGGUAGUGGUGCUGGUGGGGCAGGAAGCUCAACCUCUGGCACUUCGCCUUCCAGCAGCAUCGGGUUUCCAGGUGGAAAAGACGCUACUAGGCGGAAUAAAGAUGGUGCAUCUACUUCAAAGGUUGACCAAGAAGAUGAAGAUGAGACCUCUUGUUCAACAGCGAACUAUGACUCCGUUUCUUGGUUAGAGGCAACUUCGGGUGAAAGUGAAACAGACGACAGGGAAGUGUUAACGCAUGAAAUAUUGGAGGCUCUGAUCGAGUUGGAUUGGGAGGAAUUAGAGGAGAGGGUUGAGUUGCUGGAUAGUGCGACUGCUGCUAAGAAAGAUAAAGACAAACUCCUGCUUGGAAAUGGAGGAAGCCCAACGACGUUUACUUCGAGAUCGUCCUACUCCGCCACUGGCUCUCUGAUGCCGAGGAGACCGUCCGUUACCUCGCGGUACCUGAAGUUAGAGGGAAACUGUCCAGCUAUACUGCGGGAUUUGUUGACUCUCUACAAUCACAUUGGUCAUAAGAGAGCUUUGAGAUUUCAGAGGGAGCUUUUUCCGGUGUUGCUGCCCGAUGCAGAGCAAGAGGAUGCAAUGCAAUUCAUCGCGGAUCAUGUAAAGUCGACAGCAAGUAGCUCGCGUGGUGGAAGACAUUCUUCGGCAGGUGUAGGUCCUAGCGGAGACGACCAAAAAUAUCCGACUUCAACACUCUUAGCUCGGAAUAUGUUGCAGCAGGAAAUUUUAAAGGCUAGAGCUGUAGCGGAUCGGUACCGCGUGGAAGCGGAGGCCAAAGAACAUAGGGAGCAUUGGGAGCAACAGGUACAAACUAUGAUAAGUUUUGAGGUUUUGGUUGGUCUCAAAUUCGUAACUGGCUGAGCCUACUGUGUACUAGCCUCCACAAGCUUCGCCCGGCUUCAAGUUACUUUAGCACUUUCCUGCGGCCUCCCACGGGCUACAGCCGCUAGAGUAGAGACAGCCCGCGGGUGAGCUGUUGCACCCUACGAAUUGACUACGACAAGAGCCGAGUGCCGGCGGUGGCCGACUCAGAUGCGUCGACUCAUGUGCAGGGCAUUGCGCUGCCUUCGGUUUUUUUUUGAGAUUGCCGGGCGGGUCAUGCAAAUUCUUAAGAAUUUGCAAGACCCCCACGGCAGUCCAACAAAAAAACCAGAAGAGAGCCACCAGACACGCACAAGAAUCCGCAAGCCCCAACGCACGCAAGCGCCUCGCGGUGGCGCCAGGCAAGAACGAGGGGCGACCUUGAUGGGCCAAACAAGACAAAGCAACGCAGGGCCGCGCUGCUUGGGUCUCUCUACGCGCUUACACCUGGCGGGGCUUCUUUGUUUCGUCAGAUGUCUCUCGUCAGAAACAGGCGGGCGCACUUCGCGGGGUCGUGCGGCGUCGCGCUUCGGGCUGUGGCUGAAGCCUCUCGGCUGGCUGACGUCUUUCACCAAGCUGGAGACUAAGGCCCUCCAUCAGGCUGAUGCCGUUCGUCAGCCCAACGCUCUGCGCCAGGCUGGCGGCGUUCGUCGGGCAGGCCGGCGCCCCUCGGCAGGCGUCUUGGGUCAGGCUGAGGCUUUUCGUCAGGGUCGGGCGACGUCUCUCGUCAGGCUGAAGCGCUUCGCCUGGCUGACAUUCCUCGCCGGGCCGAGACUCACGCCUUUGGUCAGGUUGAUGGCUUGCUUCAGCUCGGCGCCGUUCGUCAGGCUGAUGCACUCGCCAGCCAGGUGAGGCCUCUCGCCAGGCCGGCGCAAUGCUUCGCCAGGCGUCUGCCUUGCGUCGGAGGGAACAGGCUGAGCGGGGCCUUUCUUCGGGCUGCGGAUGUCUUUCCUUCGUAAGAUUGACCCCGUUCUUUCGUCGGACUGACGUGCUUCGCCAGAUUGACCGCGUUCGCCGGACUGACGUCCUUCGCGAAAGGUCUUCGCUAUCUUCAAGGGCCUCGCGCCACAGGGAGGCCUCGCGUCAGUUUUUCUGGCGGAGGUCGUUCGUCAGAUGUCUGCUGUCGCGGGUCUCACUCUUGUCGUGUCGGAGGUCUUGGGCCCAAAGGUCGUCUUUGGUCCACGCACAGGUCGCCGGUGGUCCACAGGUCGCCUGUGGCCCAAAGGUCGUCUUCGGUCCAAAGGUCGGCUUUGGUCCAGAGGUCGUCUGUGGUCCAGAGGUCGCUUUUGGUCCAGCGGCCGUCUUUGGUCCAAAGGUCGCCUUACUUUGGUCCAAAGGUCGCCCUACUUUGGUCCAAAGGUCGCCCUACUUUGGUCCAGAGGUCGAAGGGUCGCCUUACUUUGGUCCAAAAGUCGCCCUACUUUGGUCCAGAGGUCGGCGCACUUUGGUCCAAAGGUCGGCUUACUUUGGUCCAAAGGUCGGCUUACUUUGGUCCAAAGGUCGCCUUACUUUGGUCCAAAGGUCGCCUUACUUUGGUCCAAAGGUCGCCCUACUUUGGUCCAGAGGUCGCCGGGUCGCCUUACUUUGGUCCAAAAGUCGCCCUACUUUGGUCCAGAGGUCGGCGCACUUUGGUCCAAAGGUCGGCUUACUUUGGUCCAAAGGUCGGCUUACUUUGGUCCAAAGGUCGCCUUACUUUGGUCCAAAGGUCGCCUUACUUUGGUCCAAAGGUCGCCCUACUUUGGUCCAGAGGUCGCCGCACUUUGGUCCAGAGGUCGCCUGUGGUCCCGCGGUCGUCUUCGGUCCCAAGGUCGUCUUUGGUUUCAAGGUCGUCUUUGGUCCCAGUGUCGUCUUAAGUCCCAAGGUCUCCUGUGGUCCAGAGGUCGCCUGUGGUCCAAAGGUCGCCCCUGGGUCAAAGAUCGCCUUUGGGCCAAAGAUCGUCUUUGGGUCAAAGAUCGCCUGUGCUCCAAAGGUCGUCUUUGGUCCAAAGGUCGCCUUUAGUCCGAAGAUCGCCCUUGGUCCAACGGUCGCCCUUCGUCCAAAGCUCGUCUUUGGUCCAAAGAUCGGCUUUGGUCCAUGUGUCUUUGGUCCAAGGUCUUUGCCCUUUCGGUGGGCGGUCUUUCGUUGGCUGUCUCUCUUUGGACUUUUCUCCCCAGCUUGCGCCCCCACCCCCGUCGGCCAUUUUUCUGCCUUCUUUUCUGGUGGUCUGCCACGGGGCCGCAACGUAAAUCCCAACAAGGAAACGGCCGGAGGCUAUCGGGCUUGAGACUGAGGGGAAAGGGCAGGAGACUAUGGGCAAUAGCUUCGCGAAAGAAGCUGACUAAUCUCCGGUGGGUUAGGCGGGGAGUUUUAUGGCGGCGAUCAAUGGCGAGAUUAAUAAUAUAGAUUAAUAAUAUAGAUUAAUAAUAUAGAUUAAUAAUAUAGAUUAAUAAUAUAGAUUAAUAAUAUAGAUUAAUAAUAUAGAUUAACAAUAUAGAUUAAUAAUAUAGAUUAAUAAUAUAGAUUAAUAAUAUAGAUUAAUAAUAUAGAUUUUUUUUUUGUUAUGUUUUUUAUCUAUCAACUUAUAAUAAUUUUUUCCAAAUUAUUUUCAUGUUGCUUUCUUUGUGUAGUCGAUCGUCAAUACCAUCUAUCUCUCGUCCUUACGACCACAGCUCGCCGACAAGACAGCCGAUUUGGAACGGCUAGAGAAGGAGCAGAUGGCCAGCGAAGAACGCUUCCAUGAGGAGUUAGUUGAGGUUUUGGGUCAAAUCUUCAAUUCCCAGGAAGACACUGAGCGCAACAUGGGCAAGAUUAUGCGCGUCGUUCAACGGACAGCAGGCCAGGUCGAUCGCGUGCAUGCUAGUACUGUCGUUAGCAAUGUGAUGAACCAAGUCGUGGCAGAUAGAAGUGGUUCGUGGUCUGGUUCGGGGGAAAACGAUGUUGUAACGGGAAGCGGCAAUACUGGGAAUUUACCCAAAACGACUCUGCAACCGAUUUUAAAGAAGCCAUCGGUUACUACUCCGACAACAUCGAAAAACAGUAUAGUUCAAGGACAACGUCUAAUAGGUCUUCCGGCAGAGCAGCAGCAGCAGCAAAACAACAUCAAUCUUCAUUUAGAACAGCGGCAGCAACUGCAGCAAACUCGUCAACAACUCCUUCAACAAUCGCAACAAGUGCAGCAACUCCAAACGUCAAGUAAUUUAGAUGUGCCACGCACUCCUGGCGCAAGUCGUACUCGUAAGAUUACGCCUGUUCUUGUGAAUGACGCAGAAGUUGCGCCAGAUCAAGAUCUUUCAGAUCAAGAAGCAGCCUUUGCUUUAGGUAGACGCAGAUCCAAGUCCAAGGAUCGACCACCAGCGCCAGUCGAGGAUGAAGUCUUUCGAAACGUCGAUCUUAAUAGAGCUAAAGGUGUGAUGAAGAAUGAUGUUGAUCAUGAAACAUCGGGGGAAUUUUCCACACCAACAACGAACCACUCGAACGGAUUCUCCGAUGACAUGUUGGACGAGGUAGAGGAACUGCUCGAAAGGGAUAUUGAUAUCACUAGGUCCUCCUCGGCAAUCAUUGGUGCAGAUGGUGGAAGGCCUAAACACGAUCUGGAUAUUUUCUCCGAUUACCCUGCUUUCCGAAGGACAAGCUUGAGACAUAGUACGAUGAAGGCUGAAGGUGAGGUUUCUAUGAAUAUGAAGGGUCCCGGAGCAUCUAGGAAUGCCGCAGCUUCUAAAAAUGUGGCUGUUCUGGGUAAAGGUCCAGGAGGUUUGGAUAAUGGUAUUGGUAGUGCUGUAGUGAAAGGACCUGGCGCAACUUCUAGGGCUACCAAAGGCGCGGCUGGUAGUGGUAAGAAGGGUCCCCCCGCCGGUGGCAAGGGCGGAAAGGGUAAUAACACUACAGCCGUAUUAAAGCAGGGACAGAACCUCCGUGAUCAGGAAAGCACCGAACUCCUUUCUGAUGAGCUCGAAGAUGAAGUAGAUGCGGAACAAGUGGAUGAAUUCCAGCGACAAAGAACAAGAAGUCAGAGUCCUCCACCACCACGCUCACCCUCUCUAUCUUCUCCAUCUGCCUCUCGUAAAAAUUUCCCUUCAACAAGAACCCCCGAGCCCGCAAAAGUGCGCCUGAUGUCGGGAGAUCCCCAAACUAGGGAGAAGCACGAAGACGACUUACACGUGGUAGAAGUAGACUUCGAUGACAGUACCCCUCUAGAAGCUGUUUUUGAUCGAUCGCGAAAGGAUGAACAACCUGCUGCAGCAUCUACGAAACAAUCGAAGCAGCAAACUGAGCAGACUGACACCUCUGGAGAGCAGACGCAGAACAAAACGAACAAGACAGGUGGAGCGCAGAUGUCGAAAAAGAAUCCGCAGGAGCAGGAGAACACGAGCUACAAGUCAGCAGAUAAUACGACCAGUCCAAGUAGACCCUCAGCGAAGAGUGUCGCCGCACAACAACGAGCGUUCGACAUGCCCGUCAGCUACGAAGACCACCAGGAAGUAGAUCCAGAAUUAUUUGAAUUUCAAAGGUCAGAGGAAGAAGAUCGAGAUGCAAGACUUAGAGAAGUAGAUGCGUAUUCUUCUGGUAGGACCUCUUUGGCUAGUAGUAAAGCUAAAGCUGAUGUGCUGAAAUCUGGCGGCUUUGCGUCUGGUUCUGCCUCUGCUACUAGAAGUACUUCUGCGUUAGCGGUGCAGCAAGAAGAUGUUUCCAAUUCCACUGCGGACGAUGCCUCAACUGCGCAAAGUGGUAGUGCAGCAAAAGCAAAACCUUCCUCACCUGGUAGGUCAGUACCGUCGUCACGUCAAUCUAUUUCCCUUCAGCCUCUCAGUGGUCAGUACCACCAUUCAGAUCCCUCAAGGACUUCAAUUUCUAGAGCAUCUACUACAUCUUCAAGUAGUAAUGUUACUAGGUCUACUAGUGCAGCUCCCUCUAAAUCUAAAAGUAAUGCUGUCGUCCAAGGGAAGAAAAAGCCGCCAUCCAGAGUAGAUCAUGCAGGCUCCAUUGAUAUUAGCCCAUCGUCGCCGCCACCAGCUUCUGGUGCGAAAUUGACGAAGUCACAGUCGCAGACUUCUGUGAAGAUGACAUCAGCCUUUCCACCCACGAGUUCAUCAACCGCGAAAGCUAAACAAGAGCAGCAAGGAGGUUCUCGUCAACGGCAAUCUCAACAACAACAACAACAACAACAGCUACCACGUUCUCAAGUACCCCCUCAACAACAUAUACAAAGACAGCAAGCCUCUGCCCAACACGAAGAUGACUAUGAUCAUGAAGACCAUGAUGAGCUAACCAACAGCACCCAUGAGGAAAUGAUCGUCGCUGAAAAUACACGUAGGAACAGUCAGAAUCGUCUGGCUUCUUCAGUAAGUUCAGUUCCCAUGCCGUUUUCGAAGCAGAAUAGUCCAGAUGCUGUGACGUUUUCUCCCCGUGCAGCAGAUGUAGUGGCUCGUGAUGUCGAGAUUAAAAUGAAUGACAUUAGAAGUAAUGCAGGUUCUUGGGAGCUGCUUGGAAAUAUUAACCUCGGACACCAGGGAUUGAUGACGGGUAUUAAUCUGGGACAACAUCAACAACAAGAGGAGGUGAGUACUACAAGAGCGAGCUCGAGCAGCAGCGGAGCAGAUCUUAGCAUGUUGAGAACUUCUCAGAUCGCAAGAAGCUCUACGGGAAACCACAACGGGAUGCGAUCUUCAAGCCCUAAUAUUUUCAUGCAGCAAGCGUCUCAGUCUCAAAAUACAGGAAGUAGCCUCACCAAUGCAACUAACCGUGGGAAAGGAAGUAUCACAAACAGUAAUAAUAAUGGCUCAACGACCUCAAUCAUGGACAGCUUGUACCAACAUAUGGUCAAUAGAAUCAGCUCAACUGGUGCUAAUGGUAGAGGUGCUAAUGGUACAGCAGGAGGUCCACAACUUUCUGUGAACAAUUUCGUAGCUGCUAGAAGUAGUCGUACUAGUCCAAGUCGUGGAGACAACUUGAACGUCAUGAGAGCUUCAACGUCUCCUCCUCCACCGCCAGUCGUUGUGGAGCCACCUCAUCCACCACUCAGAGACCGAGUUUCUUUCGGUAAUGCUGAAACGUUGGAGAUAGAUGUAGAUGCGAUCUCCAAAAGCACUGCAGCUAAGCGUCAAAAAAAGAGCAAUCGCGUUUUGUCGCAGAUAACCCAGAAAAAACUAAAGACUUUCGCCCUUGCAGAGUUGGAACAAGUCAACACCAGACCUCCUCCAGCAACCAGUAAUUUUGGUGGAGAGGGAGAUGACCAGCAAGACAUGGAGGAAGAUGAUGGAGAUCUGUGGUGGACUGAGGAUUUGGAUGUGGGAAAUAAUGGGUCUACUAGUAGAAGCACUCCUCUCAGUGAUGAUGUGGUGACUGGUGCUGAAGGGCAUGACUUUGGAUCAGCGACCUUGUUCUCGGGAGAACGAGGUGGACGUGUUGAGCAGGGAACGCGAGAACAGGGAGAACGACAAUUACGGACAGGACAACGACAACUACAGAUGUCUUCAGGUGCUGAUGGGGGACUGAAUAUUAGUGCCGCAGGAGGUCCUCAAAGGGCAUUACAGAUGUCAUCAAAUAGUGGUGCUGGUACUAGUACUAGUGGAAUGAUCAAUAUUGCAGCUUCUACAACAGUUGGUCACGCUCCUCAGGGCCAUCAGGCUCGAUCAUUGCAAAUGUCAAAUUCUGGCGCUGGUGGAGGAGUUAAUAUUGCUUCUACAGGAAGAGGAAGUAGAGGCAGUAGUCCUGGUCCAAGUCGAGCCUUACAAAAGUCAAAUGCUUCAUCUGGUGGGGUAGAUAUUGCAGGAACUACUUUCGGUGGUCAACAACAGCAGCAACGAGCAUUACAGAUGUCAAAUGCUCCGUCUGGUGGGGUAGAUAUCUUCUCUUCUUCAGCAGGAUCGGGAACACCAGGUCCAGGAGCUCCAGGAGACCACGAUGCCAGAGACAGAGACUUCGAAGCAAGUAGUGCUACGUCUCUCGUGCACCCUUCCAGUAGGAGUAGUAGACAACAACAGAACGAGAUUGAGAAUAGGAUGGAUACUACUAGUACCACAUCAUCAUCAUCAAACUACACAAACAACACAGGCACGACUACAGGGAGUAAUAUUCUCCCAGUGGCUACUCUGCGUCUCAAUUACAGUGGCAAUGGAGGAUCUUCACUCGGAGGUAAUGGAAAUGUUGGUUUGCCACUUGGGAUAUUAAAGUUUGGUGCAGGAAGUCCUUCAUCACAGCAAACUCGUGGAAGUGGAAAAAGAGUACUACAACAACAUUCCUCCCAACAACAAGUACAACAACCCGCUUCUUAUAGCACUACAAGUAGUACUAGGCAAAGCCAAGGACAACAAGAUACAACUCGACGACAAGGAUCUUCUUCCACCUCCACGUUUACUCCAUCAGCAUCAUCUCUCUCACCUCCCUCGUCGUCGUCUCCAGUCGCAGGCGUAGGCGCAGGCGUAGUCGCAGGCGUAGACCACAAUAACAAUAAAGAACGUGGUCAACAAGAAGUACGAGCAGUGUUGAAGCCAGUUGCUAGAAGGGCCUCAGUCGGACAGACCACAGAUACGCUAAAUUUCCGAGCACGAUGGAGUGAAAUGCAAAGCGCUUUAAUGAACCAGCAUAGACUGCACCCAACCUCCAUUUAGAAUCCAAAGAAUUUCAAACUGAAAUUUCAAUUUGAUGGUGAAGAUGGGUCUAGAAUUGCCUAUUAGUAGAAUCUCGCAUUAUAAUGGGAUUUAGGCAGCUCUAAGGCUACAAUUGCCUUAAUCAAUUAGUUAUUCUUGUGAAUGGACUACAAACUUCUGUCCUCGAAUACCACCGGGAGAGGAAGGUGGAACGACAGUCAAUCGUAGUUGAAUUUUUCGAACUACUCUGGGCUUUUUAUGAUGGGCAUUUUUAUCCACUAGCAGUCGCAGUGGACCACUUCUAUUUUUAGCUGUAGUCUAGUCAUGAAGUAGUUUUGAAUCUGACGGAUAGAUACAAGAACUACAGGUAGUUGUAUAUUUUGAUAACGCCGCGUAGGUGCGUGACUCCGUACUAUGCUUGUUAGCUGUACUACGUUCUUCAGAACGUAGUAGGGGGCUCGCGGAACGAGUCGGAUUGUCAAUACUGAAAACCCAAGCAUCAAGUUAGCCAUUCCCUUUCGCCUCCUUUAUCCACCGCCUAGUAGUGUUAGUGAGUCUAAUGAAAAUGAAAGUGAUCUUAAUCCAUUUUUACAUGAGUUUAUAAAGAUCAGACGUUGGGGCGACAUCUUCAUCCGCUAGGCUCGGAGACCACAAUGAACUCAUGGUCAUAGCAAUAAAAGCAUUUCUCUACUGAUGAAAACAAGAUUCGAAC